AUGGCAUUCAGUAAUUCCAACGUUACGGCCAUGGCCCAACAGCAACCAUACAACCCAUGGUCUCUUCCGGACAGCUUCACCAUCUAUAACUUUGCUCCGGAAGAGAUCCGCAGUUUCCUGCAUCCUCACUGGCAUAACCAGAAAGCCCCCCACCCCAUGAUGUACUACUUUUUCGGGCUCUUGUACACGGUUAUUGGUGUUGUGGCCAUCAGUGGCAACUGGAUGGUGUUGAGAAUUUUGGGAAGCUUCCCGUCGCUCAGAACACCGGCAAAUAUGCUUGUGAUGAACUUGGCCGUUUCGGACUUUUUGCUGAUGAUAACACUCAUCCCGGAGUGUGUCUACAACUUCUUUACAGGAGGCCCUUGGCAAUUCGGCGAUCUCGGCUGCCAGAUUCACGCUUUCUGCGGUGCUCUUUGCGGUUACAGCCAGAUUACGACUUUGGUAUUCAUCUCAUACGACCGAUACAACGUCAUCGUUAAGGGAUUCAACGCAGCUCCAUUGACCUUCUCCAAGGCGAUCAUGUUCAUCACUUUCGGUUGGGUCUGGGCUUUAGGUUGGUCCGUUUCACCACUUGUAGGCUGGGGAUACUACGCCAUGGACGGAAUGCUCGGAACAUGCUCCUUUGACGGAGUAACUCCCGACAUGAACAACAAGACCCACAUUCUUUCGUGUUUCACCGUCAUGUUUGUCAUUCCCGUCAUGAUCAUCAUCUGCUGCUACUAUUUCAUUGUUCGUGCCGUUUUCCACCACGAAGAUGAAUUACGUCAACAAGCCAAAAAGAUGAAUGUCACUUCGCUGAGAAGUAACAGCGACCAGCAGGCCGUCUCAGCCGAAAUCCGUAUCGCUAAAGUGGCCAUUAUCAACGUCACUUUGUGGAUCAUGGCCUGGAGUCCGUUUGCCGUUGUUUGCAUGCUGGGCACUUGGGGAGACGUUUCUAGGAUAACUCCGCUAGUAUGCGAACUACCCGUCAUUUUGUCCAAAACCUCGUGCGCUUACAAUCCUAUCAUCUACGCUCUUUCGCAUCCUAAAUAUCGAGAGUGUUUGAAAGAGCUUUAUCCAUGGCUCUGCAUUGUGGUCGAAACGAAAAAGCCCAGCAAACAUGGCGGUGACAACCAAUCGACUGGCUCUACGAAAACGGAAGCUUCCGCAACAACUCAAGCCUGAUCAUUUCGAUACUCUUCUCUUUGAAAAUUGUCUAUUGUUGGGUUGGGACCGGCGCACCUGGAACAAGAAAAAACCACUACACUGAACACUGAAGAAAGAACUUUAGACAAAUUAUUGUCGCUUACAUAAAAUAGAACUUUUAUCGUAAACCUCAGUUCUAAUUUAAAAUCUGUUCUCUCGUACAUAGGGCAUAGAAUAUAAUCCCACAAAUAUUGCAACUAUUACGUCAUAAUCUGUUAGUUGUCUACGCUAACUUCAAAGCUUACUAUGAAAAUGUCGUUGGCGUGUUAAUAGCGAUACAAUGAGAUAUGAAAUAUACGAAACCCAGCAUGUCGUUAAAAA